AUGACUAUGGCCGAGGUUAGGACCAAGCAACAUGAACCGGAGCUUGAACCAGAGCUUGAACCAAACGAAGGACAGCUUGUAGCCGCGGAGCAGCUUGUAGCCAAGGAUGUCUUGACCGGACCAAUGGGAUUUGAGGGAGGGGAUGAUAUGACGAUGGCCGAGGUUAGGACCAAGGAACAUGAGGCGGAGCUUGAACCAGAGCUUGAACGAGAGGAAGGCCAGCUUGUAGCCGCGGAGCAGUUUGUAGCCAAGGAUGUCUUGACUGGACCAACGAGUCCAAUGACUCGAUCAAAGACUAAGCUAUUCAACCAGGCCAUUAGUGGGAUGCUUAGACACUUGAGCCAUAAUGAAGAAAAAGUUAUUCAAACCACCAUGGUUUUGAUAACAGCCCAAGAUGAUUGGUAA